CCGAUUAGCAUUCUGCUUGUGAAUCUCGUUUUAGGGAGGUCGGACGUAGGUCAAGAGGCACGAGAACCUCGUUACUGAAUCUUGUUUUCACUGCCUCUGGCACUAUCAAUCCAACGCCAACACCGCCAUUACAAAGCCCAACAGAUUCUCCCAUCUUCUACCGAGUGUUGUCCACCGAGCCAAAUGUCUUUCUGCUCUUCUGCUCCGUCCUGCUGCAGCUUGAUCCGUGCCUAUCCGCGGACUGCCCACUCCAAGUCCUCACCGCGUCGAUGCCUCCUACUGCCAAUCCGGUGUACUGCGCGGACUCCUCCUCGGCGAUCGGCUGAUUACCAACCGAGCUCGUGGAGCGACGAAUACAUACAAUCGCUCACAACUGGCACCAAGGUGGAGGAGGAUAACGCAAGAAGGAUGGACAAACUGACAGAGGACGUGAAACAGCUGAUCUACAUGAAGAAGGGAAUUGAGGACCAACUUCAACUGAUCGAUUACCUGCGGCAGCUUGGGGUGGCGUAUCACUUUAAGGAGGAUAUUAAGGAUGCUUUAUGGACUAUAUACGGUUCCAUGGAAGAGGUGAGCAUGUUGCUGAAGGAUAAUCUUCAUGCCACGGCUCUUAUGUUCAGGCUUCUCAGAGAACAUGGGUUUGCUGUUUCUGAAGGUGUAUUCAACCGAUUUAUAGAUGAGAAGGGCAACUUGAAAGCCAGCCUUCGCCACCAGACUGAAGGAUUGGUGAGCUUGUACGAGGCUUCCCAUCUUGCAAAGGAAGGAGAGCACGUGCUGGAAGAAGCUACGAACUUCACAACUAAACAGCUCAAGAGCCUCAUGGAGGGAUCGCUUGAGCCUCAUCUCAGGGAGCACGUAGCCCAUGCCUUGGAGCUUCCAUUGGACUGGAGGAUGCUGAGGUUACAGACCAGGUGGUUUAUAGAAGCAUGCCAAAGGGAAGCGAACAUAAACCCUGUCCUACUUGAAUUGGCUAAGUUGGACUUCAACAGAGUUCAGAGCAUACAUCAGAGGGAACUCAGGGAAGUGUCGAGAUGGUGGAGCAAUCUUGGCCUGGCGCAAAGGCUUCCAUUUUCCAGGGACAGGUUGAUGGAGAGCUAUAUCUGGACGGUUGGCUGGGCUUUUGAGCCACAGUUUGCAAGAUUCAGGGAGGCGCAGACAAAAGCGAACUGCCUGAUAACAACAAUAGAUGAUGUGUAUGAUGUUUACGGCACCAUCGAUGAGCUCGAGCUGUUCACGGAUGCCGUCGAUAGAUGGGAUGUUAAUACAAUGGACAAAUUGCCAGAGUACAUGAAAAUAUGUUUUCUAGCCCUCUUCAACACUACAAAUGACACCGCCUACAAUGUUAUGAAAGAGAAGUGUCUGGAUAUAAUUCCACACCUAAAAAAAGCAUGGGCAGAUCUAUGCAAGACAUACUUGGUGGAAGCAAGGUGGUACCACCAAGGCUACACACCCAAUCUUGAAGAGUACUUGGAGAACGCACUAGUAUCGAUAUCGGGUCUCCUAAUAUUGACUAUUGCUUAUUGCACCAGUAACGAUGUAACUCGAGAGGCCUUAGACGGUUUCCAAAGCCGUCUUAAGAUUGCAAGAUGGUCAUCCAUGAUCCUUCGACUUUGUGAUGACUUGGGUACUUCCAAGGACGAGCUUGAAAGAGGCGAUGUGCCCAAAUCUAUCCAGUGCUACAUGCAUGAGAGCGGUUUAUCGGAGUAUGCGGCUCGUGAGCAUAUCAGGCGAUUGAUUAGGGGGAAUUGGAGAGCAAUAAACGGAGAUCGAAGUUUCACUUCACGUUUUGAGGAAAACCUAAAAAUGAUGGCCAUCAAUAUCCCUCGAAUGGCCCAAUGCAUGUACCAAUACGGAGAUGGACAUGGGAAACCCGAUCAAGUGAUUGAGGAUCGCAUCAGGUCUUUGAUAAUUGAACCUAUACUUUUGUAACAAUGGAAUUAAGGAUAAUAUCGUGAAGCUAUAAGUCUCCUCGUGAUUUGUCCAAGCCUUUGAUUAAGAUUCUUUAGGUGUGAUCGCUCUUUUUAUUCGGUAAAAGGUAUUG